AUGAUCAUCCGGUCACCCGUACAAGCUAGUGUCGAUAACAUCGUACCUCAGUGGGUAGGAACCACCUUACAUGGGAGCUGUCUACUCCUAGUCUACACAGGCAAAUAUCUUCAUUUCAUCUUUCACACGCACUUGUUGAUUGCAUUGAUUGAACGCCGACCCAUCUACAGAUCCGACCUGCUUGUGAGAAACUCGCCAAUCUGGCCACCAUGGGCUUUAUAUCGCGAAUACUUACACUCUUUGGGCUCGUUCUGCUCGCGCAUGCGCUACUCCGCCCACGAACACACAGUCCUGUACAGCAAUGUGCGUCUUUCCUCGGCCUCCACCGCACUUCCCCACGAUAUUGUCAUCGAGGCCUUGGUCUCCCUCGUCAUCGUCUCCGCGGGCCUCGUGCUAGGCGCAGAGAAACUCAAGCCGAUUAGCUGGAGCGAAUGGGCUGGGGAGAUUGAGAGGGAAGGCGGCGCCAGGAAUCCUUAUCUGCGGCUGGAAGAGCGAUACAGUUUCUGGGAUAUUAGGGCGAAGAGGAAGGAAUUCGCCGAAUGGGUUCGGGGGAAUGAUGCCUUGGAGGAGGCAAAAUGA